AUGAUAAGGUUAGCGAGCGCAUUUGUGCUUAUCAGCUUCGCAGUGGCCAUUCCGGUCGAUAAUGGUGUGGAAGGAGAACCUGAAAUUGAAUGCGGUCCCACCUCGAUUACAGUCAACUUCAACACACGAAAUCCGUUCGAAGGGCACGUUUAUGUGAAAGGACUGUACGAUCAGCAAGGAUGUCGUAACGAUGAGGGUGGCCGGCAAGUGGCCGGAAUCGAGCUUCCUUUCGACUCAUGCAAUGUUGCAAGGACUCGGUCACUGAAUCCGCGUGGCAUCUUCGUGACUACAACAGUUGUCAUCUCGUUCCAUCCACUGUUCGUUACAAAGGUGGACCGGGCAUAUCGGGUGCAAUGCUUUUACAUGGAGGCCGACAAAACCGUCAGCACACAGAUCGAGGUUUCCGAGAUCACCACCGCAUUUGCUACCCAAGUGGUACCAAUGCCGAUCUGCCGAUAUGAGAUUCUGGAUGGUGGGCCUUCCGGGCAACCAAUACAAUUCGCCACCAUCGGUCAGCAAGUAUACCACAAAUGGACAUGCGACUCAGAGACCGUUGAUACAUUUUGUGCAGUGGUGCACUCGUGCUUCGUGGAUGAUGGGAACGGGGAUAAAGUGGAGCUGCUGAAUGCCGAUGGUUGCGCUCUGGACAAAUACCUGCUUAAUAAUCUGGAAUAUCCAACUGAUCUGAUGGCUGGCCAAGAAGCUCACGUGUACAAAUACGCAGACCGGUCGCAACUGUUCUAUCAAUGCCAGAUUAGCAUAACAAUCAAAGAGCCAAACAGCGAGUGCCCAAGGCCGCAGUGUACGGAGCCGCAAGGAUUCGGAGCAACUAAGUCCAGGGGAGGCGCAGCCUCGUCCCGGCAAGCUGCUGCAUUCAGGGUGCUUAGGAAAAGAGAUGUCAGUGACGAAAAUACUGUGGACGUACGAACUGACCUGAGUGCUUUGGACAUCAACGAAGAGGUAACAUCGUUGCCGAGUGCUUUGCGCCAUCGCUUGCAACCACACCAAUACGGACAUCCAGUUGUAAUGGCUACAGUGAGCCAAGGAAUCUGCAUGUCAAUGGCUGGUUUCACCAUCGCCGCCAUGUUGGCUUUCUCACUUUUCGGCGCAGCCCUGGUCGUUGCCAUCACUCUGCUCAGGUCAAACACCGGCAAAGUCUAG